AUGGCCACCCAACUGAGAGCUUCUUCCUCUUUCUCUUCUAUUCCUUUUCCUACCGGUUCAUACACAUACGAUGUGUUUCUAAGUUUCAGAGGCGAGGAUACUCGCUACAAUUUUACAGAUCAUUUGCACAAGUAUUUGGUUCUCAACAGGAUCAACACCUUCAAAGAUGAUGAGCUUACAAGAGGAGAGGAAAUAUCACAAGCACUUCUCCGAGCCAUUGAAGGAUCAAAGCUCUCUCUCAUUGUGUUCUCCGAAAACUAUGCAUCGUCGAAGUGGUGUUUGGAUGAACUAGUUCAUAUUCUUGACUGUAAAAGAUCAAAGAACCAAAUGGUUAGGCCAAUCUUUUACAAAGUCGAUCCCUCAGACGUUAGACACCAAAGAGGUAAAUUUGGUGAGGCACUUGUGAGGUAUGAACACAGAUUCAAAAAUGAUAUGGACAAGGUGUUAAGAUGGAGAUCAGCUCUUUCCGAAGCUGCAAACUUAUCUGGAUGGCAUUUUUCUGGCGGGUACGAGUCUGAGUUUAUCGAUAGAAUUGUUGAAGAGAUUUCGACACAAGUAAAAGAGCCUACCUAUUUGGAUAUGCCGAAGUGCCAAGUUGGUCUAGAUUCUAGAGUACAAGAUAUGCUUGAAAUUUUAGAUGUUGACAGAAGUGAUGUACGCCUGGUGGGCAUAUGGGGAGCUGGUGGAAUAGGAAAGACAACGAUUGCUAAAGCUGUUUACAAUAAAAUUGGUCAUAAAUUUAAAGAUAGCUGUUUUUUAGCAAAUGUUAGAGAAGCUUCAGAGCCACAUGGAGGUUUAGUCAACCUGCAAAACAUUAUUCUUUCUAAGAUUAGUGUUUCUGGGAAAGAAUUGAUGGCAACUAAUGUUUAUGAAGGAAGCACAUUAUUGCGCGAAAGAUUGAGACAUAAAAGGAUUCUGUUAGUUCUUGAUGAUGUGAAUGAACUAGACCAGUUGAAGAAAUUAGCAGGAACAUCUGAUUGGUUUCAAUGCGGCAGUCGAGUUAUCAUAACAACAAGAGAUAAGCAUCUGUUGAUUGCUCAUCAAGUGAAGCCAAUAUAUGAGGUCCAUGAACUAGGUGAUCAUGAAGCUCAUGAGCUCUUCAGAUCAUAUGCCUUCAAGGACAAUAGAAAUUUGGAUCACAAUGAGACACUGUCUGUCAGUAGUAUUGUUGAAUAUGCUAAAGGGCUUCCACUAGCACUGGAGGUUUUAGGUUCAUGUUUAUGUGAUACAUCUAUAUAUAAAUGGCAAGCUAUGUUACAUGGUUUUAAAAGAAAUCCUCCUAAAGACAUACAAGAUGUUCUUAUAAUCAGUUAUGAUGGAUUGCAAGAAACAGUACAAAAAGUUUUCCUUGACAUUGCAUGUUUCUUCAAAGGUUGGAAUAGAACUGAUGUGAUACAAAUACUAGAAGGUUGUGGCCUCAUCAACCCCGAGCAUAGUAUCAAAGUUCUUGAAGAAAAGGCCCUCAUAUAUGUUGGUACAUAUUUAAGCAUGCAUGAUUUGCUAGAAGAAAUGGGAAAGGAGAUAGUUUAUCGACAAUCACCAAACGAGCCUGGUAAUCGCAACAGAUUGUGGUAUCACGAAGAUGUGCGCCAAGUUUUAACAGAAAACACUGGAACAAGUAAAAUUGAAGGAAUAAUUGUAAAGCUGCCAACAAUAUAUGAGAUACACUUGAGUCCUAAAUGCUUCAAAAAGAUGAAAAAUCUAAAAAUUUUCAUAAACGUCAAUGGUCGGAUUUGUGGAAAGGUUGAUUAUCUCCCCAGUGAGUUGAGGUUGCUUGACUGGCCUUUCUAUCCGUCUCAAUAUUUGCCGUCCAACUUUACAAUGAAGAAUCUUGUUGAAUUGAAUAUCUGUGAGAGUCCCAUCUCAUGUCUUGGGGAAGGAUUCAAGAGCUUGCCAAAUCUGAAAUCCUUAAAUUUGGCAAAAUGCGAAUUCCUGACUAAAAUCCCAGACCUGUCUGGUAGUCCAAAUUUAGAGUGGCUUCACCUUGGUGGAUGUUCAAGUUUAGAUGAGAUUCACCCUUCUAUUGGACUCCUUGAGAAACUUGUUCACCUGUUUCUUCAAGGAUGUUCUAAACUUGUGAUGCUUCCCACAAAAGUUCACUGGAGAUGUCUACAAUUCAUUUGUCUUGAUGAUUGCACAAGGCUGGAGAACUUCCCUGAAAUUAUGGGAGAGAUGAAAUACUUAAAAGACUUGAAUCUAUGGAACACUGCCAUCAAAGAAUUGCCUUCAUCAAUUGGACAUUUGAUUAAUCUUGAAGAGUUGCAUGUAAUGGAAUGUAGAAACUUCACAAACCUGCCUUGCAGCAUUUAUGAGUUGCAGAAGUUGAAGAAGGUUAAGUUGUAUGACUGCCCCAAACUCAGAACACUCCCAAAUAAGGUGGAAUAUGAAUUCGAUUUGUCACUUCCUUGGCUAUGUGAGUUCACUGCAGGAGGAUGCAGUUUAUCAAAUACUGAUUUCCUAGCUUUCCUUGAUUGUGCAUCCACUUUGUAUGAACUUGAUUUAUCAGGAAGCCCCAUUGUGAUUCUCUCCGAAUGCAUCAACAAGUUUGUCAACUUGUCAAGACUCAACUUGAGGGGCUGCAUGAGGUUAGUAGAAAUUCCAACUCUUCCAUCAAGGAUUGAAUGGUUGUAUCUGAGGGACUGCAUAUCAUUGCAAAGAAUUUCAAAGCUGUCGAACAUUUUGGAGCGUAAAGAAACCCAAAUGAUCAAGGAGAUGGACUUGACUAAUUGCUGGAGACUGUGUGAAAAUCUGGUUCAGAUGGCAAACAAGGAUAGUGAUGAUGAUGAUGAGUUGGAAGCUGAUCUCUUCUCAAAACUCCUAUCUUCCCAACAAGUCGGAUUCACGAUUAGAUUUCCAGGAAGAGAGAUUCCAAAGUGGUUCGGGUGUCAAAUGGAUUUCAAGGGCUUUCGACGGUUCGAGUUUCGUAUUGAAAUACUUGCAAACUUCAAAUGGGAAAACACAGGAUUGGCUUUGUGCGUUGUUGUUGAUCAAAAGUUGCAAGACACUUGUGGUGUUUGCGCUUUUAAGGUCUAUAUUCACAUCAAUGAAGUAAGUGUUUCACGUCUGGGCACACAGAAUGUUGUUUCAGAAGAGUCUGAUCAUGUGUGGCUGCAUUACAUACCCUUCCUUGAUAUGUGGCGAUUUGGUUACGUCCGUCCAGUGCCACCUUUUACGUGUCUAGUCACUAUUUUUCAGUGUAAUCACUCUCAGGCGUCCUUCAAAACCUGUGGAGUACACCUUGUGAUACCACCCCAUGAAGACGUUUGCAUGAAGCUAUCCCAUGCAGAGAACCUCAACAAUGAAUUUCCCUCCGACCUUUACCAGGACUACUGGGAAAAUUAUCGUCCCAAACAGAGGAGCGACUGCAGAGUGUUAUAUACUGAUGAUGCCCAACUGGAGAACGAAAAGGUGUAG